AUGAUCUAAAGUAUAAGAGUAAGUACCAAUUUUCAUAAGUAAAUGGAAAAAUUAAAAGGAUUAUUGGUUUCCACUCAUACAAUAUCCCCUAUUGAGGCAGAUCAACCAAUUAGAAAAACUUAAACUCCUUUGAUUGGAUAAUUAUAAUAAUCCAUCUAAUUUAGCGAUGAGGAAGAAUAAAGUGAAAAUAUCAAGGAGAUUGAUGUGAAAUCAACGAAUUUUAAUGAUGAGUUUGUUUUAGGAAGAAAAUUGGGAGAAGGUACUCAUGGAAUAGUAAAACUAUGUUGGAAAAAGGACAAUCCAAAUAUGUUAUUUGCUGUGAAAAUAAUUACAACUAUUGAUGAAGAGCAUUUGGAAAUAGUCAGAUAAACAUUCAUAAAUUCGACAAUCAUCAAAAGUCCUUACAUAGCAAAAUGUUACAAAUUAUAUAUCGAUAUCAAUGUAAUUUAUAUGCUAAUGGAAUAUGUGCCGUAUUCAAAUUUAUAAACUAUUUUGCAAGAGAAAACAAAGCUAAAAGAACAUGAGGUAUAAAAAAUUGCAAAUGCAUUAUUAAAAAGUGUGAGAUGUUUACAUAGCUGUGGAGUAUGUCAUAGAGAUAUAAAACCAGAUAAUAUUAUGAUCGAUUAGAAGUAUUACAAUAGUUAUUCAAAGUGAUUUUUCAGUUAAAUUAAUAGAUUUUGGUGUUUCUAGAAGAUUUGUAUCAUAUAAUAAUAGCACUUUUCGAUAUAUAAGAAAGGCGAUGUUGACUGUAACUGGCAAUCUUCAUUAUCGAGCACCUGAAAUUAUGUUUAGUCAAUCUUAUGGAUAUAAUUAAUAGAUUGAUUUGUGGGCUAUAGGUGUUACAUUAUAUCAAUCUUUAACAGGAUCUUUGCCAUUUAUUUCUGAUAAUACAGCAGAAAUCAUAGCAUAGCUGUCUGAUAGGUAUGUAUUCAAUUGAUUAUAUUAAAAUUAGCAAUUCAUUGUAAGAAGCAUUCUAAUAAGAGUCAUUCUUAAAAUUAUCAACCAGUUGUAGAGAUCUAAUCAAAAGACUUCUUAUGUGGAAUCCUCUAAAAAGAUUAACUGCUUCUGAAGCAUUAAAACACAUAUGGAUUCCAAAUGCUUAAACUCCCAAGAAACCCUUGAUAAAGUGGAUCACAAAGGAUGACAUGAAUACAAGUAGAAUAAGCUAAAAUAGUGAUAUUUUGAAUAAGUCUUUAAUCAACAGUGCUGAUAUUUUGAAUUAAGAGUUACAGAACACUUUAAUUAUAAGCAGACAAAUUGAUUCCAUUUUGGAAAGCUCUUAAGGUUCUAAUAAGAGCUUGCGAUUCUCAAUUAAAAUAAAAUAAGAAAAAGAUGGUCAAGAUUUUAAAUCUAAACUAAAAUAAUUCAAAUUAGAAUCAUCUAUUAAUAUAUACAGCAGAAAAAAUUAAAGUCAAACUAACGCAAUAUAAUUGGUAGGAGCUUGGGAUGAAAAAAAGAGAAAUUCAAUUAAAUUGGAGGAAGAUGAUGAUAUAUUUGGCAUAAAGGUCUGUCGCAGUCAUCAUUCUCUAACUUAAUUUGAAGAUCCAUUGUAAGUAGAGUAAUAACCUUAAAACAACUAAUUGGAUCCUAAACUCUUGCAAGAGAUCUCUAAAUAUAAUUUGUGAUUUAAUAUAUAUACUUUAUCAUAAUAAUGAACUCAUCUAAAACUUCAAGAACUAAAGCCAUUAAUUAACUACACAUAGAACAAAAAGUCUCUUUAAAAAUCUCUUUAAUAUAUCUACAUUCAGAGAAUCCGUUCCUUCAAUUUUAAAGCCAAAUCCAUUCUCACCCUCAAUCCAAUCACCUGUAUAAAUUUAACCAAAAUAGAAUGAAAAGAAAAUUACUUUACUCAGAAAAGAAAUAAUGAAUUCUUUAUCGGGAAAAUCUAAUUAAGUAUUUUAAGCUCAAAAUAUAUAUAUCAAAGAAGGGUUCUAUGCAAUCGAUGUAAAAUGCGAUUUAAAUCUAUCAGAUCGAAUGAGAAUCGUAUAGAUAAGAAAUUCAAACUAUUCCAAUCCUCCAUUUCAACAUAAGAUAUAAAAAUAAUCUAACUUAUCAGAAAAUAAACAUUUCUUAUAAAGUUUAGAGAAAAACAUCCUUUAGUCAUUGAUGAAGUCUCAAACCAAACUCUAAAAUGCUAGGCUCCUUCUAAAUAGCCUAGGGAACCUAAUUCACUUUUUUAUAAGAAACUUAUAAUCAUAAUAAAUAACUUAAAGAAGUAUCAGUUAAGGUGUUAUUGAGAAACCAAAAUCAAAUAAAUGGAAAGCUUGGCCAUUAUAUUUAGAGGGUUGGAAUACUCAUUUGAACAAUCCUGAAGAAGAUCUAAUGUCAUAACUUCAAUAUUAUUGA